GGGCUGGCGGGGCAGCGAGGAGCGGGCGCGCAGCGGCUCGGCGCCCAGGCCGGGAUGUUGGCGCACGAACGAGCAGGGUGUCGCCGCCAGCCGCGCUCAGUGCGGGGUGCGCUCAGAGCGAGGCGCACAGGGAUCGUACGGAGCCCUCUCGGUUCACUGGAGGCUCGAGCGCCCCCCGCCUUGGGAUUUAAAACCAAAUUAAUUUUUCCCGAGAAAUAGCUGGAGCGCAGUGGAACCCAGCGAGCUGUCAUUGACCUCUUUGGUCGCUGUGUAAGGGUCCUUGCGGCGUCCAGCGCCGCGCAGAGCCAGAAGGGAGGCGAGGGGGGGAGCUGUGGCUCACCGCGGGAGGAGCGAGCAGGAGCAGAAAGCGGGAGCAGAUGAGCCAUGGGGAAAACCAUGUCUUUCCUCUCUCAGAGCUGUGAGGAAAGGCAGCACCAACACUGAGAGUGGAGUGGGGAGACAGGGCUUGUGGUCCCUCAACUUUUCCAGACCAGUUUUGGUGUGCAGUGAGCCCUGGUGUGCGGCGGGCGCGCCGCGACCCUCGGCGGAGUUGGGAGGAUGAGCCGCGGUGCGGGCUGUGAUUCUGUGCACUGUGAUUCCCUCACUCUCGCUUAUUGCAGUAAAACAUGCUGAGGAGAGCUGUGGCGGUGUGAAGCAAGAAAUAUGGGAGAGCUGAUUGCAAGGAGAAGCCUGGCUUGUUUUCUGUUUUGCUUCCCUGGCUGUCAUGAUUUACAAGGUGGAAACGCGAACAGCCGGCCCUGCUUCCCGGGACGCAGGAAUGUGGUGAAGAUGCCUCCGAGAGUCGGGGCUGUAUCCUCAGAAGCGCCUUUUUGCCUGUGGGCUCCAUUUACUCGCUAAAGGCAAGGGCUCAACCACCUGUGGUUAUUAGGUGGUAGCAAAGAGGGCAGGAACUCCCGCCAUGGGGUACGACAAAAGCUGGAUGUUGAGGAAUGAAAGCGACCAUGCCCCGUACCAGGCUGUCACCAGAGCUCUGGAGAUGAGGAACGCCUCGGCCGGGCAGAUGGUGUGGCAGGGCGGGAACGUCAGCGAGGCCGGGGCCGUGGAGAGCGAUGAGCGCGGCGAGGAGCAGAGCUACCGGCACUUCACCACCACCGUGCAGAUUGUCAUCUUCGUGGGUUCCUUGCUGGGUAACACCAUGGUGCUGUGGUCAACUUGCAGAACAUCGCUACUUAAAUCUGUUACAAGCCGAUUCAUUAAGAAUUUGGCCUGCUCGGGGAUCUGUGCCAGCCUGGUCUGUGUGCCUUUUGACAUUGCUCUUAGUGCCAGUCCACACUGCUGCUGGUGGAUCUAUACGAUGCUCUUCUGCAGAAUUGCCAAGUUUCUGCACAAAGUCUUCUGCUCAGUGACCAUCCUUAGUUUUCCAGCCAUUGCUCUUGACAGAUACUACUCUGUUUUAUACCCUCUGGAAAGAAAAAUAACUGAUGCAAAAUCCCGAGACCUGGUUAUCUACAUCUGGGCCCAUGCAAUAGUGGCCAGCAUUCCAGUAUUUGUUAUGACCAAUGUGUUUGACAUUUAUGCCAUGUCCACCUGUUCUGAAUCUUGGAGUUACUCCCUUGGCCACCUGGUAUAUGUCAUCAUCUAUAACAUCACCACUGUGAUUGUACCAGUGGCUGUGGUAUUUCUCUUUAUGAUUCUUAUUCGCAGAGCACUGAGUGCCAGCCAGAAGAAAAAAGUCAUCAUAGCUGCGUUAAGGACUCCUCAGAAUACAGUUUCUAUCCCAUAUGCCUCCCAGCGAGAAGCUGAGCUUCAUGUCAUGCUGCUUUCUAUGGUUAUGAUCUUCAUUUUCUGCAGCGUCCCGUAUGUGACUUUGGUGAUUUACCGCACCAUACUCAAUAUUUCAGAUAUUUCAGUCUUCUUGCUCCUCACUGCCAUUUGGUUGCCCAAGGUCUCUUUGCUGGCCAACCCUUUGUUAUUUUUAACUGUUAACAAAUCAGUACGGAAGUGCUUAGUGGGGACAAUAGUACAGCUGCACCGAAGGUUUAGCAGAAGAAACAUUGUCAGCUCAGGUGGUGUUGCAGACGAUAAUCUGGAGCCCAAUGUCCACUCGGGAAGCCAGCUUCUGGAGAUGUUUCAUAUUGGGCAACAACAAAUCUUCAAGCCAAUGGAAGAUGAGGAGAAUGAGACUAAAUCCAUUGUCUCUGGUGACUUGCAACAGAAAGAAAUUCCUACCACCAGUUUAGAGUUAGGACAGACUUUGGUUCACAGAUUUGUACCACAGACGGUUGCAGACUCUGCAGCUCAGGUGGCCCCAGCUGUGCCCACAGAGGCUGAUCCAGUAAAUGACAAGUAUUCCAUGCAGUUUGGUUUUGGACCCUUUGAGCUGCCUCCGCAGUGGCUCUCAGAAAACCGAAACAGUAAGAAGCGACUCCUGCCUCCUCUGGGGAAUACCCCUGAAGAGCUAAUCCAGACCAAACAGCCCAAGUGUAAAGCAGAAAGAAAAGUCAGCAGAAACAAUAAAGUCAGUAUCUUUCCCAAGGUGGAUUCUUAGUAAGAGCAGGAGCUUGCAGUGGCAGAGGAAGGUCACUUUCUAUUAUAUAUGUGAUCCCAUGGAUCUUUAUUAUGUUGAAAUUUGUUUCAGGCUGAUUUUUUCUUGUGCCAAAUAUAAUUUAAAUGAACAAACAAGGAAAAUGUAUAUACAAGUGUUCCUUAUUAAUAUGAAAUAUGUCAUGAAAAUAAUAUAUCAGAUAAGGAAAGUCUUAAAUUUUAUCUCUGAAAUCCUUAUGAUGAUACCUGUCUGAUUAAAUUUCAAAAAGAAUAUAUGGCUUUGGGAACUCUGUAUGGCUGAAUUAUGGAAAUACAGUUAGUCAGUUUUCUGGGAAACCUCAUGUUUGUAUUAAAAUGGACUGGGUAUUAAAGUAACUUAAUAGGAAAGGCUGUAGAGAGCAGAAGACAUACAACAUGGGUAAAUCCUACUCUACUGCAAAUAGACACAGCAAGAUUUUGCAUAUUUCAUUAAUGAAGUCAAAUGGACUAUUAAGUGCAUUUGUUUUCUGUUAAGCCUAUUUAUUCAAUCAGUGUUAAAGCUUACUGGGUUUUUUGCACAAAUUAGUUACUAAGCAUCUGCCAAACAUCUAAAGUUUUUAAAAACCUGAACCACUGCUUUCUGGCAUAAAACUUCCACAAAGCCAAGGAUAACCAAAUUAUCAUGUGUGUGUGUAUAUUCUCAUAGUUUUAAAUAAGAACGGGAUUGGAGAUCAUGCAGGACAAAUCCUGACUCCAAUAAACAAGUAUGUAUGUGCCAAAGGCAUAAAGAGAACACUUUGAUCCUGUAAUAAAGGGCAUAUACAAAUGUCCCAACAGUGUAAUGUAUGCAUUGUGUAAGUAACAUAGGCUCAAACCUUAAACUUACCUGCUGGUGCACUCUGCUGUUUUCUUACAGGAAACCUAGGAAAUGAAAGAAAUGAGUUUGAAAUGCUAAUAGCCUUUCUCCGAGUGUGACAAUCUUAGUUUUGGAGUCUAUCUCACAGAGAGACUCACACAGAUAGACACAGAGUGUCUCAGUGACAACUGAAGUGAAGAAGCUGGUAACAGACCUCUAAAGGCAAAGGUUUAUUAAUGCAGUUUCUCACAAUUGACAGAGGUAGAGAGGUUUUUCUUCUACCUUCGCAGGUACAGAUACCAACUAUCCUGCUCCACUCAUCUCAUGGAGUAGACCAUUAAGUGUAUGACCAUGAGGCUUUCAAAUCUGGUGCCUGAUUUCUGAGUGAGCCACAGUCAUGCCAUCAGCACACCAGACUUUCUGUGAGAACUCAGGCAUUGUGCUGCAGCUUGCCCCUCUGCAUAACCACAGGCAUAUUGUCUUGUUUAUACUGAAUGUGAACUUUAGAUUAUCUCUGUCUGUUAGGUGACCUAAAACUAUUGUAACCCUGACAUUUUAACCCUUGUUCAGUUGCAAGUAGUUUUUCAUCUGCAUUCACUGUUGUCUCUGUGGGUAGUUUCUUAAAAGCAGAGUCUUAUAAUAUGUUUAUUCCUUGUGGUUUUCCUGUACUUUUUCCCUUUGCUGCAUGCUGAACUGUUUUCUGUGGUUACUGUCUGUUUAUGAAAGUAGUUUUCUUUAAAGCAUACUCUUAACAGGACUAGGUGAAGAAUCUUGACAAGUUCACGGUAACUUACUAAAUCCAACCAGGUAAUCUUCAAAGUGACAGAAGAUUCUGCUGAAGCAGAAUUUGGAGAUGUACCUUUCCUUCCUUUGACAUAUUUGAAGAAAGUCACCAGCUUCUGGUGAUUCCAAGGUGGUGGAUUUCUACAAGGCAUUAAAAGCAAAUGUUUUAAUAAAAAUAUAUUUAAAGAAAAGUGUCUAUGUGUAAAAUAAGUUUUUCUCCAUUUCUUCUUUUGUUUCAGUGCACUUCACUUCUUGCUAGUUCAAGAGCUUCUCAGCUUGAGAGUAAAGAGCAGUCUUCAAGGGGUCCAGAUGGGUGGUGGGAACCUCAGCUGCUCUUCUUAGAUGUGAGACGGUAUAUAUAGCUUGCCUGAAAUCAGACAGAAGAAAGAUUCCAGAAAAAAGUGGUCCUUCUGUGGCAGAGGUGGAAAAGUACCACAGCAUGUAUUUUUUUUAAGUGUCAGUAAAAGGUUAUUUAAUGCAGUGUUUGUUUUCCAAAGUUAGUAAAAGAACAGAUGCUUUUGAGAAAAUCCUGAAAACCUAAAAAACAAAGUAGGAGUUACAGUUUCCAUAUGAAUUUGGGUUGGAUUUACCAUUCAUGUUAAACUUAUAUCCCACUUACAUACAGAUACUGCUCAAAAUCUCUAUGGUUAAUGAAUUUGGAUAAAUAUGUACUCAGAUCUGAACUCCUUUGAGGAAACCAAACUUAGUUUUGUCCUUUUCAAUCUUCAUGCUGAAUGAAAUGCCAGUGAUAAAUUUAAAGAGCCAAAUGACUUAUAAUUUAGUGUUAUCAUAUCUGGAAAGCAAAGUGUUUGUGAUGGUUUUUUGACUGUUGAGACAAAAGAGGAUUUAUCCUCCAAAGAGGAUGCAUGUGAAAACUUGUAUUUCUUUUAGAAGAUUGUAUCUGAAGACAUUGAAAUUUUUCACCAACAAAUUAACUAUGCUGGUUUUCCAUACCUGAAGAAUUAAUCAAGAGUGAUUUAUCUUAGUUCUUCUUUCAGUAGUUUAUCCAUGUGAAUGUUUAGCAGAAGUGGAAAAAAUA